CGAAAAAGACAAAUAACAACAACAACAACAACAACAACAACGAAGAAGAAGAAGAAGAAGAAAAUUAACAAAAAUAAAGAAUACAAAAAUUAAUAGAAAAGAGACGAAAGGAAAAAAGUAAGAAGUUCGUAGAGAAGCGAACCAGCACUCUUCUCCUCGACAUAUUCUCUCUCUCUCUCUCUCUCUCUCUCUCUCUCUCUCUCUCUCUCUCUCUCUCUCUCUCUCUCUCUCUCUCUAUCAUUUGAACGGAAAGGAACGGCCGAUGGCUGUGCUAACCACGGAAGCUGGCCUCGAGGAGCAAUGUCGUCCAGUCUUACGAGAGCCUUCUUGCCGAUUCGGUAAAUGAUAGAAUGGAUAAUUGUGGAGGCGGUCAACGGCUGCCCCCAGAUGGGGACGAGUUUCCUGCAGCAUAUCAAGAAUUUGCUAAUGAUAACGCAACCCAACUCGAAUACAGAUUUCCAACGAAUUCAUCGACAACUACUAUAACGAGCACUACCACGUCCCCGAUGGCAACUACAAUGACGAUGAACAAUAACAACAAUAACAACAACAACAAUAAUAAUAAUAAUAAUAAUAAUAAUAAUAAUAAUAAUAACAAUAACAACAACAACAAUAAUAAUACAGAAAACAAUAGUUUUCGUUUGUACGAAAAUGAUAAAAAAUCGUUCGCAGUUAAAGACAAUUUCAAAGUGCUCGCGAACGACAGCAACAACGUUGUCGGUUCGAGGAGCGAUAAAAAUAAUUAUUUUGAAUCGGGAUUGGAUGAAAAAUCUGGAAAUAGAAAUUUCUCCAAUCCGAUAGGUCAUAACAGUCAAUCCGAAAUGGUAUCAACGAUUACGAACGGAGAGACAAUAUUGAUUUCGGAAAAGAAAAUCGAAAUAGCUGCGUAUUAUCAUAAAGAUCUACCAACUAUCGAGACAGAGAUAAAAAUUCGUAACGAGGAAAUUUCUAACGAAGUUCCACCACCUUUACCAUUAACAGGUCCACCUAAAUUGGAACAAACGAAUUCACAGGGUAGAAGCAAUAAUAUCAUUGAUCAUCAACAAUCAUCGAAAAAGUUUUCAUUGAACGUUGAUCCAUGGAGACAGGAUGAUAAAUCUGAACGAUCGGUCAGAGAUAAGAUCGCAAUGUUCUCAUCGCAAAGUAGCUUGGAUGCACCUUUGUUUCCUAACAAUGCGAUAAACAUAUCAAACGUAACCGGUAAUGUUAGGAAAUUGUCGAAAUAUAAAUCGAGCGAGGAUGUAUGUAACGAUGAUAAAACAUCGAAUCAAAAGGAAAGGAUUUCAUUCUUUUCUGAUAGAACUCAAAGUUCCUUCGAUCUUACCGAUUCUUCCAAAUGUUUUUCCCAAGAAAUUGUUACACCCUGUAAUAAGAGAUAUCCUGGUAAUAUCAAAAUGGCGACGACUACGAUGACGGCGGGUACGGGGAUAGGAGUGGCGACUGUAUCACCAAUAUCAUCAUCAUCAUCGUCACCACCACCCGUACCACAAAAACCAACGAUGACGAUGACUACUACAAAUGAUACAAACAAUUAUCUUACAUCGUUAACAACAAAAUCAUAUUCCACGUCUGGUACAAUCCCAUCCACGCCUGAUAAUAAUAUACAAUGUACAACGAAAUUAUAUUCAUCGUUAUUGAACAAUCCAAUAUCCGUUAAUCCAAUUAAAACAACGUCGACGCCAAUUUUAACUCGUGCAACAAGUUUCUCAGGAUCAAGUUCAUUCGCACAAGAACGUACAUCGAUUAACAAUGUUGAUAUUAUUAAUUGUAACAAUCAAGUGUCAAGAACGAAUUCCUUGGCAUCAACUUUUAGAAGGAACAGCGAAGAUAUGAGAAGAACCAGUUUGAAUCAAUUGAUCGAACAGAGAAGACGAUCUAUCUCAAAGUUACGCGGUUUGGUGAUUCCCGAAAAGGAAACUGUAACUAUCGAACAGCCGAUCGUUGAUUUGCCAGAGAUUAAAUCACGUAACUCCAUAUUACUCAGUCAGUUACCUAAAGCAAAUAUACAGGACAAAUGGGGAUCACAAAGUUCAAUAGCAAGUAAUACAAGUUCAGCGAGUGUCCCGUUAAAGGCUACGACAUCUUUCAAAAUGCCAGCACCUCAGAUAAAUUCAAAAUAUUCGCCAGCUUUUAAAAGGAAAAGCUUGACGGUAUAUGGUUCAUCCGGUAAUACGAUUAAUUCUUCCGCUUAUACGACGAAAAAUUCACAAGGAAAUAAUCCAAUUGUAAAUGCUGGAGGUAAUAAUAACAUAUCGGAACCUCCUAAAAGUUUAGAAAGUAUUUGUAGUCCGACGAGAAGCGAUUAUAGUUUUGAAUAUCUAUCGGCAAAUAAUUCGCCAGACGUUUUACGUGGUAGAUCGAGAAUCAAUGGACCGAGAAAAACGCGUAAUGAUUAUGACGAUUCCGACAAUGAUUCGGCAGUUAGUAGCUCUCAGAGUAGUAUAUCACGUGGUUUCAGUCCACCAAUGUCACCUGUUCCAUCGGAAAGAUCUACGGUAUCAUCUGAAAGAUCAUACGUUUCAACGGAAUUGAAUUAUCAACGACGUUCAUUCAUCAUAGAUACCUCGAAUAAAGCUUAUGUUAAGACUGAAAAUGAAACGAUAAAUAAUACGGAACAAUAUAAUGCCAGAGGAAAUAUUCUCAAUAACGAAAGAACAUACGUCUCGUCGGAAAGAUCAUCAUCGUCUAGCAGUAGUAGUACCAGUUCUAAUCCACGUUCACCUCAGCCAAUAGAUAAUACAGCCAGAAAUUCACAAAUUCCUCAAAGGCAAACAUUGAGAAGAUCAAAUAGUACAGAAACGAAUUGUAGUACCUCAUCUACCUUGACAUCGGGUUCACAGGCCAGCGCUGAAUCUUUAUCAAGAAGAGUACUCAAGCCGCAAAGCGUUGAAGCGAUAAAUAGAAAAAAUAUAUUGGCAAGUGCAAGAUGUAGAAGUGGUAGAGACUUGAAUGGUUCACCAUUAAUCCAAAGAAAAUUUACCGAUGAAGAGGAAACAAAUCCUGAAAAUAAUGGAACCAUCAGAAGGAAAAAUAAUCCUAACAAUGGUGUCCAAGUUAAACAGGAUAUUAAAAUAGCUUAUAUUGAAGUUACCGAUUCCUUCUUAGAGGAGGAUGAUGAUCAAUUACAGAGGAAAAUCGAAGAACCUAAAUUACCACCUAAAAGAACCAUCAUUACACCGGCCGUGAGACCACCAAAAUCAGAAAUGUUAGAACCUUCUAACGAUUUGAAGAAAUGGGUUAGAGCAGAGGCAAAAGCUUUGGCUAGAUCGGCGGCAGAAGAGAAGUUAGUUAAUACGAUGGAAAAGGUCAAUCCGGUGACCUUGAAAAGUCAAAGCAGUGUAUCACGUGGUACAACGAACGAAUACAAUUCCAAUGAUAUAACCUUGAAAAAUAGGUCUGUUCAAAAGGAAACCGAAGAAAUUUCACAAGAAACUAUGAAACAAAGGUGUAAAGUUGGUUCACCAAUAAAAAAGACGCAGGAUGAUCAAAAUGAUCUAUUGACUAUUCUAACAACUAGAAGUAGAUCAAGAUCGGCUAUACAUGUCGACGAUGUUAGUUUCGGUAGAUCAAAAAGUCAAAUGAGCUUAGAGGAUAUAUUAAGCGCAAAGGUAGAAAGUCCAUCUCCAAAAUUGUUAAGAACGCAAAGUAUCGAAGGUAGAACAGAAAAUGGAAGUGGUCUGUCGUCGCAAAGACCUUUUUCAGAAUCAAGGGACAUUAAUCGUUUUAACAAAAAGACAUCAACGAAUUCUAAUGAUACCUGGCGAGAGGAUAAAACGUUCAUCUCAAAGAUUCCAACGUUAGGUAGAUCAAGGAUCUUUGAUAACAAUGACGAUACAGAUAUAACAGAGAAAUCAAAGAGCAAUACGUCAAAGAUACCAACUGCUAGGAAUUUAGGUAGACGUAGCGUCAGUGUGACAGACAUGAAGAAGGCCUUGGAUAAAAUGGAUGCUACAACAAAUGGUCAAAAUCAACAACAGGUAACAACAGUUUCGUCUCACAAUCGAUUUCCAAGUUUGGACAGUAGCAUUGAUGAGAAUGUAUCAUCGAUCGGAACGGAAACGGACAAUGAAAGAUUUUGUAGCGAACAAUUUGGUAGUAUAAGUUCAUUGGCUAGCAGUACAAGUUUAAUUUCACAACAGGAAUUAGCUCAGCUCGUAGAAGAAGCUAGCUUAGAGGAAGCUCGUUGUGCUCAUGACGUUAUAGUAGUCUUAUUACAUAAAGAAAAUCCAACAGGAAGUGUUGGAAUAACUUUGGCUGGUGGUGCCGAUUGCGAAGUCAAAGAGAUCACUGUUCAUCGUGUCUUAGCUCAUUCUAUUGCCGAUAAGGAUGGUCGUGUUCAAAGAGGAGACAGAAUACUUAGUAUUAAUGGUAGAAGUACACGUGGUCUUACGCAUAGGGAGAGCCUAACUGUUUUAAAACAACCUAGAUCAGAAGUUGUUUUGGUUGUAUCAAGAGCAAGAAUCGAAGAAGGUUGUAAAUUGAGAUCAAGGACUGCCAGUGUCGAAACCAUUGUUGAAGGAUUCGAAAUAAAUGCUGUAGAAGAUACUGCUUGGGGUCCACCAUCAAUGGUCGCAGUUUACAAAGAUGGAGCUGGUCUUGGAUUCAGUUUAGAAGGAGGACGUGAUAGUCCUCUUGGAGACAGACCAUUGGUAAUAAAGAAAAUAUUUACUGGAGGUGCUGCUGAAAAGACAGGUGCCUUAAAGGCAGGGGACCAAUUACUAGAAGUAAACGGUAGUGAUGUUACAAGAAUGUCGAGGAUAGAAGCUUGGUCUCUGAUGAAAAAAUUACACGACGGUGAAGUGAACCUCCUAGUCAGGCACCCUGCCACCAAGUCCUCGUGAACUAUAGUAAAUAAUAAUUGACUUUCCUUUUCUGUUUUUACAUCAUGAAAUUCAGUUUUCAAGAAAUUGUCUAUCUCUCAGAUCAGAUUUAUAUCUCGAUUAUUGAGACGAAAAAAUCUAUACACACGAAUGAAAAAGUAAAACUAUAUACAUAUACAUAUACAUAUAUAUAUAUAUAUAUAUGUAUAUAUAUAACCUAUUUUGUUUUUGUUUUUGAGGUUAUACCAUGUACAAGAAAGUACAAUAUUUGCUGAAAUAAUCAAGAAAAGUAAAGAAAAGAAAAGAAAUUAGAAAAUCAAUUUACUUACUUGAAUUUUCGAUAACAUAACCUUAAAAAAAUUAGUGCUGACUCAGUGCAAUAAUACUAUCGAUCAUUUAAAUAGCUCGUAUAGUUCAAUCCUAAAUCCUCGCUAAUUAAGUCAUAUUUACCGUCGUAGUUAAAUUGUUUAACUGCGUAACGCGUAAAUAAUACUGAAUAUUUUUCAUAAUAGUUUCCCACAUCCCCCUUGUACCCUCUUUAGAGGCUCUCUUUUUACCAGAAUAUAUUAUACAAUCUAUAAAGAGAUUAAACACGGCUUAAUAGUUUCUCCAAUGAG